AUGUCGAGUCCUCGUAUCCUGUUCAACUCCGGUAUUGGCCCAUCAGACCAGAUCAGUAUCGUCGAAUCAGGCUCAACCAGAGUUACGCUCCCACCUAAGAGCGAAUGGGGUGAAUCUCCAGUCGGCUUCGUUCGAGACCAUACAAUCCUCAUACUCUCGUUCAACGUUCCUGGAGGCACGAGCAUCCUCAACCAGACCGAACUCAGGAGCCCUAGUGAAGAAAUUCUUGACCUCUAUGCACAUGGCUCAGGCCCUCUCGCACAGUCUUGGAAUCGUCUCACAUCCUACACAACCGUCACAAACGACGAUGGACACACAACUUUUGUUCAGAUAGACACAGUAGCACUGGCAAACAACACAGUCACAUUCCUCGUAGCCAUCACACACAACUCCACUUCAACCGGUACUCUCGGCAUUACAUCCGAAGGCAAAACGGAGUGGAUGAAGAACCCACACUUACAAACUGACUCCGACAAAGAGGCAAUUAUAAAAGCUGUCGACGAGCUCUUAGCCAUAAGCCGUCUACCCAACAGCACCCUGGUAUACAGUGGUCCUGCAAACUCGACUGGCGCGUCCGUCCUCGAGUACGCGCUUAGUGCCAAGGACCCCAUGACGGUCGUCAUCGGAGGGCAACACAUGAUAGGUACCACGAUUAUGGGCACGGAUGACGGAACGAAGAAUGGCACCAGCGUGGUCGACACCAAUUGUAAGGUGUAUGGCACAGGUAAUCUGAGACUUUAUAUUACGACCGAAUGA